CUGCCAUGCAAGGCGCUAACUUGCCAUCGGGAUCAACUUGGGGUUCAGUGUCUUGCCCAAGGACACUUUGGCAUGUGGUGUCAUGUGGGCUGGGAAUCGAACCGCCAACCCAACGAUUAGUGGACAACCCACUGUACCGCCUGAGCCACAGCCGCAUAUAUAUAUAUAUAUAUAUACACACACACACACACACACACACACACACACACACACACACACACACACACACACACACACACACACACACACACACACACACACACACACUGCAUUUGACAGCAUCUGAUGUGUUUUUAUUGGUACAAAUCCAAUGUGUCUUAAAAUAAUCUUGUGAAUUCUGUUUUUUUUUUUUUUUUUUAUUCUGUCAUGCAUUACCAUACUGUUUUAGGCCAUAAUAUCAGAAGGUCUGUUUGGUUUAACUGUGACUAUUUUUCAAUGCAGACUUCUUUACAAUGAUGUUGUUUUAAGCCUACUGUCAUAUUUAAAGGUUUUAUUAUAGUUCAGAACCCCUUUGUUUUAUUUGGAUUUAUAAGUCUUAGCCUCUUUCUGUUUUAUGUAUUGUCUGUGCCGUAGAAUUGGUUGAGAACUAUAUAAAUUCACAUAAAGUCACAACUUCAUGUACUGUGUGCUGAAUAAAUGUAUAUUUUCAUAGAACUGGCCAGAUGUUCUCUGCAUAUUUUUUGACAUAUUUGGAUCACAUAAGCCUAUUCUGCAUGACAGUGCCACUGGGACUCCACCCAGUCCAGGCAACUGUGAUGGCGGGGCUGACUCUGGUGAAGGCCUAUUAUAAUGCUACUUAAUCACUGUGUAAACAUGAGCCUAUGUAUUGAAAUGAAACAGUGGUACCUACAAACGAAGGACAACCUAAUGUACAUGAACAUUCUUCACAAAUUAACAUGCUGUUCAAAUGUGUAAGGCUUAAGGGAUGGACUGUGUGUGUGCAACGUUCUGUGUGUAUAUAUACCGAUCAACCAUAACUUUAAAACCCAAGGAAGGACAACCGGCGAACUGGUGACAGGGUCAUGGACACGCAAGGCUCAGUGAUGAGCAUGAUGAGCGAAGGUCAGACCGUCUGGUCCGAUCCCACAGAAGAACCACUGUGGCACAAAUUGCUGAAAAAGUUAAUGCUGGCUAUGAUAGAAAGGUGUCAGAACACAAAAAGCAUCACAGCUUGCUGCGUAGGGGGCUGUGUGGCCGUCACACCCAUAUGUAGUUCUUCCCCAAACUGUUGUCACAAAGUUUCAAGAACACAAUUGUCUUGAAUGUCUUUGCAAGCUGUAACAUUGCCAUUUCCAAUUAUAACAGCAAAAGGUGGGGAUUAAAUCUGGAAUGGCACAUGUGUGUGUGAUGAUCAGGUGUCCACAAACUUUUAGCCAUAUAGUGUAUGUGCCAAAUAUUUUAAUUGUUAGAUAAUAUCCAUAAUAUAAAUGUGUUCCAAUGAUAAGAAUGUCUGUGAUUCUUUUUUUUUUUUAAUGAAAUCAAUUUCCACCAGGUGGAAAAGAAAAAAAGUUAAAUAUUAUAUUUGUUUGUUUGUUUAUUGCCAGCAGCAAAAUUCUUACUUAUCCUAAAAUUCUGACUUAUACGAAUAUCUUGACCUGUGUUGAAAUUUUGAUUUUAAUCUCAAAAUAGUGACUUAUUAUCUCAAAAUUCCCACAUACUAUCUUAAAAAUGUGAAUUAUUACGUGUCCAUUUCUUUAAAACUAGUUACCUACUUACGAAGCUAGCUAAUUAAAUUAUCCUGCUAAACAGCUUUGAGCGCUGCACUGAAUCCCUAUCAUCAUAUGUAAAAUACAGAGAUAGGAAGUUAGAAUUUUUGACAUCCUGCUGCUAAAAAAUAAACAAAAAUAUGUUAUGAUUUUUUUCUUCCUUUUCUACCUGGCGGAAGUGGGUUUCCCUGGGGAAAGAGGUCUUUGCCCUGGUUUCGGGCGGGUCUUCAUACCCCACCCCCUUCUCCGGCAUUAGCCACGCCCUCGACAAUGCCCCACCAGCCGCGCGCGUGCCACACGCAGGCUCGCCAUCCAAUCGGGUCAAGGGUUAGGAGGCGCUACGUCACACGCUGCUAAGAUGGCGUUUUGAUGACGACGCGAGAAACGAGGACCCCUGCCCUUGUUCGAAAGAUUUCAGCACCGACAAGCUGUGGCUGUUGGGCCCUUGUGUGACGUUCUCUACUCCAGGAGCAGUGUAUCAUGUCUGACCCUGCACUCUGCCCCCAGCUUCCUAACAAUCACCUCAAUGAAAAACAUCAAGGGCAGGAGAUGGAGCUCUCAAAUUAUGCCAGCCAACUGCUGCUGCAGCUCAACCAGCAACGCUCCAAGGGCUUCUUGUGCGACGUCGUCGUUAUGGUGGAUAACACACUCUUUCGAGCUCAUAAAAGCGUCCUCGCCGCCGCCAGCAGCUACUUCAAGUCCCUCGUCCUGCAUGAUAACCUCAUCCACCUCGAUGCCGAGUUGGUGGAGCCAGCCGUGUUCCAGAAAAUUCUGGACUUCAUUUACACUGGCAAGCUAUGUGAGGAGAGUCAGGGGACAGAGCAUAUGCAGAAUCUGAGCGCCUUUCUCACUGUCGCUAACUACCUCCAGCUCCAUGACCUGGCGAGUCUGUGUACCAGCAAACUCGAGUCUGGUAACAUGUCCUGCAAGGGUUCUUUACGCACCCAGAAUCUGCCUUUUUCACCUGCCUCGAAACACCUGAUCAAGCGGGAGGCAGAAGACACUUCGUCUGACAUCGAAGUAUAUGCAAACAUGGUCCCUCCAAAGAAAAGACACAACGGCGAGAACAAACGCAGCUCAGGCGGCAAGCAAAGCUUUGGGCUGGAUUUGACCAAGAAGUCAAACCGUGCUGUAAAUAAUGACAUCAGCAGCAUGCAGGAGUACUCGCAGUCCUCUGUUUCCAAGACCGCUGCUAAUACUCUACGGUCAGGUAUGGAGAGAAAAGGCUCCCUGGAGAAGACCAGGGGCCUGGAUGCUUUUGAUGGAACGCAGGAAUGGAGAAAGACACCUUCUAGAGAGCGCUCCAGAAGGAAAGGCAACGUCAAUGGUUAUAUGCCUGCGAUCAAAGGUGGAAGCCAAAACCAUGUCAGAGAAAAUUCCCAAGAGCAGCCACAAGACGGCGGAUCCAACGGUGCCAGUCCUAACUUUGUCUACAGACAGGAGUCCUACCUCGAACCAUCUCAGGGGGACAACAGUUAUGUCUGUAUCCCAUGUGGAAAAGGAUUCCCGUCUUCAGAAAGCCUCAAUUCCCAUGUCGAAUCACACACGGAUGCGGACGUGAAUCUCGGCCAGGACAAAGAGGAAGGGGACGAAGAUCCUCCCACUGCUGGCACCCAAGAAGCCCUAGAGGUCAUCGAUAAAAGCCCGUCGAAGCCGUACAAAGAGCUGGACACUCUGCGACCGUUCCCUUGCAACAUCUGCGGCAAAAUGUUCACGCAGCGUGGCACCAUGACCCGCCACAUGCGCAGUCAUCUGGGCCUGAAGCCAUUUGCCUGCGAUGAGUGCGGCAUGCGCUUCACACGGCAGUACCGCCUCACCGAGCACAUGCGUGUCCACUCGGGAGAGAAGCCCUACGAGUGUCAUGUCUGCGGGGGCAAGUUUACACAACAAAGAAACCUCAUCAGCCACAUGCGCAUGCAUACUUCCCCAAAUUAGACUUGGAGAGUUGCAGUAGGUUAUACACAAAAUAUCAGUAAAGCUUCUCAAAUAAGCCUGGUCUAAUAAAACCAUGUUACCUCAUGCCAUUACAGUAAAAUAUCUUCACUGAACAGGAACUAUGGAAUGUUUCUUGAGGUACCUACUAUUUUGAAAGAAUGAAUGUUAUAGCUGAUUCGUACAGUUACAAUGCAGAACGUAUCGAUUUAUGCGCUUUAUCCGGAUAAAACAAAACCUCACGUUUACUUGAAUACAUGUGCAAACAUCGCUACCUCAGCUUUUACCUCCCAAAUUCUCAGAUGCCCUUUGAGAUUAUAUUCAUCUCCACCAUAUUGAGUUUAUUCCUCAAAAAAGAAACCGAACAACCCGUUUAUAGUUUGCGCCAAUACCUGACGGAUAUUAUGGCAUCUGAGAUAAAUCCAAAAAUAAACUGUAAUGAUCGGUAGAGGAAAACACACUGCCUGUUUUACAGUAAGAGGACAGAUUGAAAACCAGUAUAGGGUCUGUGAUAAGGAUUAGCAGGAAAAGAGUUCUUCUCUGAUUGUUCAUGGAGCGUUUAGGCCUGUGUGAUGUACAGUUCCAAAGAAAUAAUGAAUGUUGAAAGAUAAAUAAAAUACUGUAUUACUGUAACCAAAUCUAUAUUCUUACAAUAUACGUAUUUAAGUGCAAGUCUAAUUUAUGUGUAUGAUCACAGGUGUCAGUCAUUGUUAGUCACCCACCCUUUCCUCCCUGCGGGCUUCGUUAAAUUUAAGAUGCUCAUGUAAGUCCUUUCCUUUAGAUUUCCCCCCCGUAAUAGCUUAAACCUUUUUACAUUUAUAAAACUAUUCAUGACCUGAGACCAAAAGGACUAUGGAUAAACUGUUGUAAAUAUCUUUUGAGUAUCUUGAAGAAAUUGUUUGGUUGCUCAUUGAUUGCAGGGUUUUGAUAGUUAUAGCAUGGACUGUUUAAUUCUGAAUCCUUCGAUCAGUUACAACACUGGGGGUUUUGCUUAUGUGUAAAAUCAUUUGUGAUAAUGUCUUUAUAUUUUGAAUGUGUUCCUCUACUAUUAUGUUGUUCCAUUCCAACAAGCUGUGCUUAUGUUACUUUUCAUCUACCUCAUGUUUUCAGAGUGUUUACCCACUCGCUGUGUUUCGAAACACAUGCCUCUUUGUUGUUUACAUACUUAUUGGUUGCCAUGUUCGAAGUGUUAUACCAAAUCUCAUGUAAGAAAAACCUCACACUGUAACUCAUAUUUGCACACACUUUGGAAAAGAAAAAAAGCCACUACUGUUAAACUAGGUCAAUAGCAUACAUGAUUUUGUUUUUUUCUCCCUUUUCCCCCAUCCUCUGCUCCAACCCCAGUACAAGUAUACGCGUAUGUUGCUGUUCGUGGCGCUGUCUACAAAAAAUAUGCAGGAACGUUUGUGUUUUAUGAUGGACCUGAAACCAAAACUGUGACAACACUUUGGACUUUUUUCUCAGGAAACCUCAGGGAUUACUUUCAGGCACAUCUGUAUUUUAUACCACCAAGUACCAGAUACCGAUAUUUUUGCAGCUGCUUUGACACUACUGCCACAUUGAAGCAUUUCCAGCCAACAUGAUACGCCUUCGUAAGGCAUGGCAGCUCAAUUCUGUGGAUUACUUUCCACUAAUGGUAUAUUUUAAUAAUAAGUGAUUGAAUGACGUGAAUUUCAUAUACAUUUGGAAAGAACAUUUGAAUACCGUUGUUCACGGAGUACGAAUUGUGACCUGUUGAAUACCAAAGCACAUUUUCACAAAAUGGAUGGAUACAUAUGAAUGACCAUGUACUUGACAUGAUACUUAAUUAAAUGGUGAUUUAAAAAAAAAAAAAAAAAAAAAAAAGUUUUCUGUAUUUUAUCUCUGGUUUCUGAAAUUGAAAAAACUUAUUGUAAUGUAUUUAGAGUUGGAUUCGGAGUCCAACGUUCAAGUCUCUAGCAUAUGCAUGGAACACACAAGAAUAUAAAAUCCACUGCUUUUAUAUUACUAUAUUCUUGUUUAGCUUUUAGGGAGGCACUAGGUGCAGCAGGUAGAAUUGCUGUCUCACAGAUCCAUGAUCCCUGCUUUGAUCCUGAGCUCUCUGUGUGGAGUUUCUGUGCAUGUUCUCCUAGUGUCCAUGUAGGAUUCCUCUUUGUUCUCCAAUUUCCUUCCACUUCCCAAAAACAGUCCAGUGCAGGGGUGUCCAAUCUUAUCCGGAAAGGGCCGGUGUGGUGCAAGUUUUCAUUCCAACCAAGCAGUAGCCCCACCUGAGUCUAUUGAAAGCGAAGAUCAACUGAUUAAACCAGUGGAAUCGGGUGUGGCUCCUGCUUGGUUUGAAUGAAAACCUGAACCCACACCGGCCCUUUCUGUAUAAGAUUGGACCGCCCUAGUCUAGUGCAUGGAUUGGCUAUGUAACUUGUCCUUAGGUGUGAAUAAGUAAGAGUGUGUGUAUGUGUGUGUGUGUGUUACCCUGUAAUUGACUGGUGUCCUAUCCUGGUUGUAUUC